GCUGUGUUUGACCGGAAUCUCCAUUUCAUACCUCUUUUGGAGUCUAUCGUCUGAAUUGUUCACAAUAUUCCUCAUCUCCAGAACCAUCGGUGGCUUAAGUAAAGGCAAUAUCAGUCUGAGUACAGCCAUUGUGACCGAUGUGUCCGAUGAGUCAAAUAGAGGCAAAGGAAUGGCUUUAAUUGGGAUCUCGUUUUCGGUUGGAUUUAUUAUUGGACCCGUUUUGGGCGCCUCUUUCGUGAUGUGGUCGCGAUCUGCAGACGCGCACCACUUCUUCCAGUUAUGGCCGGCUCUCUUCGCGCUCACCCUUUCCCUCAUUAAUGUGCUCUUCAUUUGGCGCUGUUUUCGCGAAUCGCUUCCAACCAAUAAAAGAGCCCGUUCGUUGGGAUCGGGA